AUGCACGUUGCUGCCAUCAACGUUGGUGAUCUUCUCAUACCUCUCUGGCGAGGUACCUUCAGGGCAGACCCCACAGACGACAAAUCUACAUGGGAUUGGGCUGUUCUCACGAAGGAUGCCUGGAAAGCACAUGGAUCCAUCAUCGCUAGCGCAACUCCCUUUCUGCCAGGCUCAUUUGACCGACCACCUCGUAAUCCUGCCGAGAAGAUUAAUAGUGGUUACAAGGCAUGGGAAUGGCUCCUUUACUUAUACAGAAUGGCACCUGCGACACUAUUCGGUAUCCUUCCCACCCCAUACUGGACCAAUCUGUGUCAUCUUGUGCGCGGAAUGCGUCUGAUGCAACAGUACCAUAUCCCCCGAUCAGAUCUUGUCGAUGCUCACCAGCAUCUCAUUGAUUUCUCGCAAGACUUCGAGGAAAUUUAUUACCAACGCCACAUAGAUCGCCUUCACUUUGUUUGCCCAUGGAUCCAUUCUACAUUACAUAUUGCCCCUGAAACUAUCAACAAGGGACCGCCAAUUUGUUCGUCACAAUGGACAAUGGAGCAGACCAUUGGCAACCUAGCUCAAGAAAUCCGACUUCACAACACAUCUGUCUAUGCCAAUCUGUCUCAACGUGCUGUACGCCGUUGUCAAGUCAAUGCAAUCAAAGUCAUCAUUCCCUCAAUCAAACCCGCAAAAACUAACCUUCCACAAGGUUCACAAGACCUAGGAAACGGUUACGUGCUGUUACGCCGUCGAGAACGCACUCCUCACACAGUUCGGCGCUGUGAAUCCGAUGCCAUUCUUCGAUAUCUCACUGCAAAAGACAUACAUGUUCCUACUACCCCUCGAAUCAUUAGGUGGGCUCGACUUCAACUUCCCAAUGGACAGGUCGCACGAUCUGCGUGGAAGGAGCUUGCAAUGACUAGGCAGCCAAGGAUGGCGCGAAAUUUAUUCAUUGAUGGGACAACAACUAUUGCAGAAGUCCUUUUUUAUUUCAACAUGACGAUUCACGAUGAAGACAAGACCUUCGCACUCAUUUCAGAAUAUGGACCGCCACACCCAGAACUUUUGGAGCGCUCAUUCCAGACUGUCGUUGCAUGCACAUAUCGUGGCGACGCAUCAUUGCGACUCAUUGAAGUUUCUCAUAUCCAAUCAGUGGUCGCCAUGAUUCCACAUCAGUUUCCCGGCAUUGAUGGAGUGUUGUUUUACCUUGUAGAGCGUCCAGGGCUGGAUAUCAUCAGGAUGGGCGGCACUGAGGAUAAUAUCCCUGAUGAGGACUAG